ACGACGUCCAUGGCAAAAGCUCGCCGCCGUUCGACUCGCUCUGCAGCUCAGCCUUCUCCUGACCCCCAACCAGCAAACAGCGCCGAGCCAGCAGAGCAGGCAUCUCCUGCUCCUCAAGACUCCCAGCCCACGACGGCUGUGGCCGAGGAAAGCUGCCCUGCGUGUAAACCAAAUGAUGAGAACAGACCUCUUGACUCCGACAAGGAGAGCUGGGUGCGCUGUGAUGCCUGCAAAGAUUGGUUCCACUGGAGGUGUGUGGGCGCCGACGACGACCUCUCUGUCAUAGACAAAUGGUUCUGCAACCCCUGUCGCGAGAAGGACCCUUCCCGUACCAUCACACACAAACCCCCCGCCCGAAAGUCCUCCCGCAAGAAAUCCGUCCGCGACUACGCCAACAUGCACUCCGGAGUCGACUCGUCCGACCCUCAGAAAUGGCUCGCGAUGAUGCAGGGUAAAAGCAUCUCCAAAGAGUCCUUCAAACGUAUGAAGGGCUCUGAAGUCUCCACUGAGUGGCUCAACUCUGAUCACACCGCCAUGACUGAGCCUAUCAUUAUCGAAGAACCGGACGGGCUCGGGAUGGAGAUGCCAGACUCAGAGCUGACCGUGAGCGAGAUUGCCGAUACGCUGGGAAAGGACACGCCUGUCGAGGUCAUCGAUGUGGCAUCCCAGUCGAAUACUCCAGGGUGGACGCUAGGCAAAUGGGCCGCCUAUUAUGAGCAAGAGCCAUCUGCUCGCGACAAAAUCCGCAAUGUCAUCUCCCUCGAGGUCUCGGGAACAAAACUCGCAGAUAAAAUAUUGCCACCAAAACUUGUACGCGAGAUGGAUUGGGUGGAAAAGUUUUGGCCGAGCACGAAAAAGGGAAAGGGGCACCUAUAUCCGAAGGUCCAGCUCUACUGCUUGAUGGGUGUUGCAGGCGCUUGGACGGAUUGGCAUGUCGACUUUGCUGGGUCAUCGGUCUACUAUCACAUAUUGCGAGGUCAGAAGGUAUUUUACUUCGUCAAGCCGACACCAGCCAAUCUUGCCGCAUAUGAAAUGUGGUCAGGCACGGAGCUACAAAGCACCACCUGGUUCGGCGACCUUGCAGACGAAGUCAUCAAGGUUGAGCUCGUUGCUGGCAAUACCAUGCUCAUCCCAUCGGGAUGGAUACAUGCAGUGGCUACACCUGCAGAUGCUCUGGUGUUCGGUGGCAAUUUUCUGCACUCUUAUAAUGCAUCGAUUCAAUUGAGAGUGCGAGCCAUCGAGAUCGCUACCCAUGUUCCGAAGAAAUUUCGUUUCCCACUCUUUACCAAGUUAUGUUGGUAUGCUGGCGAGAGAUACCUUCGAGACCUCAAAGCCAAAGAGGAGUUCCCUGAACGCGUCCUCACAUCUAUUCAAGCCCUCGCCGAUUUCCUCGUUUCCGAAGCACGCACUCUCGAACGUGGCGCAGACGCGUCUGCUAAACGUGAAGCCAAAGAAAACGUCCCGAGCGACAGGGUGAAAGACGCGCCCGCUCUCGCACGUGAACUCCGCUGGCGAGCACGAGCUGCAUCGGGAUAUAACAGUGACGACGAAGUAAACGAUAAGAGGAACAGCCAUCUGAAGACAAAUGGGUCUUCGGAUUCGAUACCUGGCGUCAUCGACGGGUACGGACAUAGCAGCAAACGUAAGAGGUCGGAAGACCCAACGGAGACACACUUCCGCAAUUUCCAGCCCAAGGCUUGGGAAGGGGUCACUGACAAAGGCGUGGAGAGCACGAAUUUGAAGCUGAAGGCCCGCUUACCUGGGCCUGUGGAUUCAGAACCGAAUGCGUGGACGGGCAAUUGGUUGGAGUGGCGUGAAGAGCUGGAGGAUGAGAACGAAGGGAUAGAGGUUGAAGUCAACAGGAAGAAGUAUGUGAGUACGAAGGUGCGGAGGACUGCGAAAGGAGUUGAGAGACAGCGGGUAGAGCGGUUGGUGGAGAAUUGGACGUGGACGCCGACACCACAGGCAGAUGGGGAUAUUGCAGUUGUUACAGGUGCAGAGCCAGUGAUGAAGGAUGAGGAGAUGGGAGAUCCAUGAUGACCGUUCGUUAGCGUACUUUAUCGGUUCUUACUUUGCAUUUUCUUGUUGUUGUUUAUUUUACGCUUUUCCUGAUUGUGGCCACUCGUUGUGGCCCCAGCGGGAAGUCAC